ACCGAAUUUCAAACAGUAUUUUCAUUAUGAAUGAACAUUUCCUCUUAAUAAUAUUUUCGGUGAUAUGUCUGGCGAAGCUCUUCAUUUAUUGUUGGGACAGGAGGAAACUAUAUUUUUUGGCUUGGAAGUUUCCAGGACCAUUUUCUUUACCCAUCAUUGGUUGUACAUAUAGAUUUAUGUUUGUCAAAACAGACGAUUUGUUCCAAAUCCUCAUAGGAAUGAUAAAAUCAUGCAAGGGUCCUGUAAUGAAAUUUUGGAUGGGUCCUGAAUUGAUGCUUGUCUUCAAAAAACCUUCACAUGUUGAGAAACUAUUGUCAACGACGAAGCUGCUCCAAAAACCCAACUCGUACGAGUUUCUGAAACCCUUCGCCGGAGAUGGCCUAAUAUCUGGAUCAGGGGUACAAUGGAAAGUAGCGAGGCGCCACUGUCAGCCCUUAUUCGGGCAAAAGUUCGUGACCGAAAGCAUAGGAAUAAGCAAUAAGCACAUAAACAGGUUUAUGGAUAAGCUCAUUCUGAAGGUGGAUCAGCCGAAAUUUUGCAUACAUCACAGCAUACAUUUAUGCGUUGCGGACAUAAUAGGAGAAUCUAUAUUGGGAACGGAAUUGGGUGCGCAAAAAGGCAGAAGCAAGGAAUUUAUAGACGCCAUGGUGGAUUUUUACGACGUCGUCUACGAACGGAUCACCAAACCUUGGUACCAAAUCGACCUCAUCUACGACAUGACUGAGCUGAGACGGAAAACUGACUUCAUUAGGAAAAUUAUGCGUACCCAAAUGGAUACUGUGGCUGAAAACGUGAGACGGAUGAAAAAGAACGACAGAUGCGUAAUAAUCGAUCAAUUCAAACCUACAAUCAACGAUCUGGACACGAUUUUUAAGGAGAACUCCAAAUUCCUGGACUACAAAACUUAUAUUGAUAAUCUUAUAACGUUAUACGCCGCAAGCGAAGACACAAUAGCACAAAUAGCUGCGGCGACGUGUUUUUGUCUGGGCAUGUAUCCGGAAUGUCAGGAGAAGGCGGCGGAGGAAAUUAAAUUACUGGUUGGCGUAAAUACGACGAACGUUACUUAUGACGAUAUAAUGAAGCUGCAAUAUUUGGAUCGAUGCGUCAAGGAGGCGCUGAGGCUCUUCCCCAUUGCUCCGUUCAUCAUGAGGAAGGUCACGGAGGAAUUGACUAUAGAUAAAUGGACAUUACCAAAAAAUGUAACAGUACUGGUUUCAAUAUUUUCCCUCCACUUCAGUGAAAAAUCAUGGGAAAAACCAAUGGAAUUUUAUCCUGAACAUUUUGAAGAAGAGGCGGUGUCCAAAAGACAUCCCUACGCCUUCGUCCCCUUCAGUGCUGGACCAAGGGGAUGUAUUGGGAAGUUGUACGCUCAAGUAUCCAUAAAAGUCAUGCUCGUUAAUAUUCUGCAGCGUUUUAAAAUACACGCAGAAGGUAAAUAUGAGGACGUAUUCAAAGAAUUAAAGGCGGACAUUUCGGUGAGAUCGAAAAUUGGAUUCCCCGUCAAAUUGACACGUAGGAAAUGGUAGAUGUACUUACAUUUAAUUUAUGCCAUCAAUAUUCUAAUUUGAGUACUUUUUUCAAACACAUUUUUGAUAUGUACGCAUUUAUUUACAUAUUAAACAAUAUACGACAAUCAAUAAAG